UGUCGACUUAACCGUGGGUAUCCGGAUCCGGGUGGGUCGCCCAAUUGUCACCCUUCUCCGGUCACCUUUUUUCCUGCCGUAGUAACCCAUAUUAGGUUAACUCAUCAGUCGGCAAGUCGCCGCCGGCUGACAAAGAACAAUCUCCGUCCCCCACAGGAAAAUCCAAAUUUCUCAUACUCCAAUCUUCUGUAAUGAAACGUUGAAGGAGAAAGAAGAGAGGAAGAAAACCCAAAUGGCGGCAGAAAAUUCUAGUCAUCUCCUUCAAGUACCCCCACCUCGCUUCCCCACUCAUCACACGACCGGCGACCUCCCUCCCCAAGCCCGCAUCCUAUGCGAGAUCCUCUCCACCGCUCCGGUGCACGAAGUGGAGGCCAGUCUAGCCUCGACCCAAAUCCGGCCGGAGCCUGAAAUUGUUCAACAAGUCCUCAAGCUCUCAUACAACACUCCCUCAGCUGCUGCUAAGUUCUUUCGGUGGUCCGGGAUGGCCCAAAAGCACACGGGCUAUUCGUGGAACCUCAUGGUGGAUUUGCUCGGGAAGAAUAAACUUUUUGAGCCAAUGUGGGAUGCCAUCCGGUCUAUGAAGCAGGAGGGUUUGCUCUCUUUGACAACGUUCGUUUCGGUUUUCGAGAAUUACUGUAUCGCCGGGAGGUUUGAUGAGGCUGUUAUGACUUUUGAUGUCAUGGAAAGGUACGGAAUCCAACCUGAUAUUAUUGCAGUAAAUUCUCUACUGAGUGCCAUGUGUAGAGAAGAUAACCAUACUGCGAAAGCACUCGAGUUCUUUGAGAGAAUAAAAGCUAACAUACCCCCGGAUGCGGACUCAUUUGCUAUUUUGUUGGAAGGAUGGGAGAAGGAAGGGAAUGUAGCCAACGCAAAACACACUUUUGGAGAGAUGGUGAUUCGAGUGGGCUGGAGCCCGCAAUAUAUGUUUGCUUAUGAUGCCUUUUUGAAUACUCUUGUGCGUGGAGCACAGGGUGACGAGGCAAUCAAAUUUUUGCAGGUAAUGAAGGGUAAAAACUGCUUGCCAGGUUUGAGAUUCUUCUCUAAUGCACUUGAUAUUUUCGCUAAGCAGAAUGAUUCUGCUCAUGCCAUUAUGUUGUGGGAUAUAAUGGUUGGUGGUGGGCUGGUGCCCAAUUUGACGAUGUAUAACGUCAUGAUUGGUUUGCUCACCAGCGCCAAUGAUAUUGACAACGCCUUUCGUCUGCUUGAUGACAUGGUCUUCCAUGGCGCUUUUCCUGAUUCUCUGACAUAUAACAUGAUUUUUGAAUGCUUGAUCAAGAAUAAGAAGGUACGUGAAGUGGGGAAGUUCUUUAUUGAGAUGGUCAAGAAUGAAUGGCCACCAACCCCUGCAAAUUUUACUGCUGCCAUCAAGAUGUUAUUUGAUGGGGAUGAUCCAGAGAUGGCAAUCGAGAUAUGGAAAUAUAUGGCUAAGAACAACAUUUCACCCCGUGAUGAUGGCGCUAAUGCAGUGCUUCUUGGUUUCUGUAAUUUGGGGAGACUAACAGAUUUGAGAAGGUACAUAGAGAAGAUGAUUGACGAAAGAAUUAUAAUAUAUGAGUCAACAAUGACAAAGGUGAAGAAUGCUUUUUAUAAGGAGGGAAGAAGUGCCCGUGAUAUCUAUGACCAUAUUUCAAGGAAGUGGAAAUCUUCCUAUCUCUAGGCUUAUGUGUUAAAUGGCAGUAAGCACGGUUCUGUGUGGUUGCGUAAUCCUUUAUGUGGCAUUGAUGAUUGAAAGAACUCUGAAUAUCUACUAGUGUCACGAUUAAAUUUUCAAUAGAUACUUUGCCUCCUCAUUUUAGUCUUCUCUUUUCCAGAUGUGCUUCAUUCUGGACCUCUGGUUGCUUCCCUUGUUUAUUUCUGUUCUCGUACUGUCUCUUUCUAUGUCUAUCUUUUGUUUAUGAUGGUUUAUUGUUAUAUGCUUAGGGUUCUAAGAGGUUAGAGAGUUUUGGCAGGAAGAGAGAUGAAGGUUGGAAGGGGGCAGGGGUGUGAUGAGUUUAGGAGAUUGAGGAGUGUGAAUCAGCGUCAGUCUGCAGGCUAUGGUGAGAGCAUGGUCUGUGCAGGGCUCGCCUUUUCACCCUUCAAUUUUUUCCCCUUUUCUGUUUUCAAUUUAAAGUGCUUUCUUCAAUUUGGGCUAAAAAAGCAGCGUUCUGUGCCUGCUUGAUGGAUUAUAUGAAAUCUAAAAAAGGUAGGAGACAUUUUUAUGUCAGCUUUAAAGUGGAUGAGAUCUAGUUCACAAUUUGUGAACCAGAUUUUUGAGAUGGUAUUCGGUUUGUUGAGUUUCAAAUGGAUAGACAACUUUAGUGUGCAAACUUAUUCAAAGGAACAAAUUUGUCAGCCUUGGGUUGGUGGUUGGUCGUUUGGCUGAAAUUUGCAUCAUGUGAUUACUGUUGAUUGGUGAAUUAUUCUGGGAAAUAUGAUGGGUAGUUCUGGGCUACCCAUCUUCUCCGUUUACAUCGAUUCCUGUGAACCUGUUUCACAGACUGAUUAUGUCCUCAAACUUGAACUUUGUAUUUCACCAUUUAUACCAAUGCUUUGCAGCAUUGUGGAUGGAUUUUUGAUGCAUGUCCUUGUUCUGAAUGGAGAUCAGACUGCAUCAGGAGCACCAGAGUAAAGUAUUCAAAUGUGUUCAAAUAAUCUGACAAAAUCUCGUAGUUCUUAUACUGAAAAGCAGAAUUUGCAGGCCCAAAUGCAGUCUACUUUUUAAUGUGAGGAUGCUUGAUUUCUGAUUUUCAUACUUCUUGUUUGGAGCUCUCCUUGCUAGUUUAUUUCCUCUCUCUCUCUCUCUCUCUUCUUGCUCGCACAAUCUUCUUCUGAAUUUUGUGAGAGGAUUUUUAAUCAAGUUGCAAAAGCCCACAUUUUGCAGCGGCCAAGGAAAUGUUACCUAUCCUGUUGACUACAUGGAGAAGAAAAUCCAUUUGGGAGGCAGCACUGUUGCUUGGAAGUAAGUUCAUUUCAUUUGUAGCACAUUAGCUACUUCCUGGUCCACUUUUACAUGUUCAAGUUCAACACUGAGAGUCCUAUUGCUGCAUAGUUAGCACCCAUGCCAGCACCAGAACCAGAUCCUUAUCCUUAUGAUGUUAACAAUUGCAGUAAGUUCUUCUGUUUAGGGUUAAACAUUGGUAGUUUCUGGAGGGUAUAUCUGUUGCUUUUCGGAUGGAAGUGGUUUGCAUACAGAUUGAACCUGAUGGGCAUUGAGCAUGCAAAUUGAAAUUGAGAUGCAUCUGGGCAGGGCUUAUCUUAGCCGUGUAUAGGACUGUUACAGUGGAAAAACUGUCCGACUUGCUGUUGUCUGCAGAAAGUAGCUCUCGAACUUUUCUGUUGCCAACUGAAACUGAUUACAGGAAAGAAAGAAGCAUUUUAGACCAACUACUGUAAGAACUACAUGCUCACAUGGUGAAGUCACUUGGUAACAAAGCCUUGACUAUUUUCUGAAGUUCUAAAUAAUCACCUUUUUAAAGACAGCAAGGGUGGACAGCUCUUGAUUUCAGACCACAUGACGUUGAUCCUCUGAGGCCAAUCUUCUUCAAGACGCAGAGUGAAAUCUGAUGGCCAUUUUCCGGCCUUGAAUGAUCAGCUGAGCAAUAAGCUCAAGUCUUCCAUAAGACAACGGGACAUUUUCAUGUGAGAAUGGUAAGUGUUCAAGACCACCUCCUAGAGACUACCGAAGCUGUACAAUGAUAAAGCAGGAAAUUGGAACUCUGUGGCAUUCAUCAAAAUCAUUCGAAGAAAGCUUUGACUCUCUUGGGCCCUAGAGAGUGUUAAAGAGACUGCCAGUGAGACUGAUGAAUAUCAGAGCAGAAGCUUCGGCGUUUGGCCAAAAUAAAAAAUGGAGGUGUCUGUUUAUUCUCUUCUUUUUGGGGAAUUAGGUGUCUAUUUAGUCACCUUCCUUCUAAUGUAGCACUUGAAAUGACUGCAACAUCAAUUUAAGUUUCUGAGCAAACUACAAAUCUCUUAACAUCUUAAGACAUUGCUGUUUCCGAAGUUAAAAGUCUACCAGAGAAGCCCAUGCCUCAUUGUGUCUGUGUUGCUGACAUUGUACUCACUGUUCUUCCAGAAUGAAUUCCUUUUAUUUUGCAA